AUGUUCCGCAGAGAUUUGCUUCCACACGUCCGUCAUGUUCAACAAGUUGAGCGUACAAUUCAGACAGCGUUUCUCAGGAAUAGAGAAUCCAGGCCUAAAAUUUUGCCAGCAUUGGUCGCCCCCGUGACCCGCGACCGACUUCUUCAGCUUACCAAGUUCAGCGUGGUCUACACACAAGGACACCAGCUCGAAGAAGCCGAGAUAUUGCAAAAAUAUGUUGCAGAAACUGUGAUUAAAUGGUUGGGCAAAGAACACAUCAAAUCGAUCAAUAUCAUGCGGCUACUAUCAUUGACAUACUGGCAGCUUGCACAGGUGGACAAGGCUGUUGAACUUCAGAAGCAGAGCUUGGAUGCGUGCCACAAGCUUUUCGGCCCAGAUCAUCCGGAAACCUUGAAGAUCAUGCACAGCUACGGCUCUGGUCUGUGGCUCCAGGGCCGAAUCAUCGAAGCACUUAGGGUGCUUACGAUUGCUGUCGAUGGGCUGAAAGUAACCAUUGGGGGUGAUGACAUUGAAACUUUGAAAGCUAUGAGUUGGUUGGGACGCGCGAUCAGCAAAGAUUUUGGAUUUACGGAAGCUGUCAGAAUUCAACAUGAAGCGUUUGCUGGUCUGAAGACCAAGCUUGGUGCCUCCCAUCAACGACACUGGAGGCUAUGGACAAUCUAG